AUGUUUGCGUCGCAGAAAGCUAGGAAGGAGAUAGGUAAGAACAUGGAGGUUGAAAGUGCCAAUUGCAAAUAUCGAGUAUCGCAAUGUGAAGAUAUCGAGCUGCUAUCUGUUGAGCGACCACUGAAGAUUGACCUUGAGAUAAAUAGGCUAGAGAUGUUAGUACAAGAGCUACACAAGGUGUUCUCCAGGGAUCACGUGAACAUCCAAGAUGUACAGAAGCUGAUGGCAGCUUAUAAGUCUAACCCAAAAGACUGGAAGAAGUACGCCAAGUUUGACAGAUUCCGGUACACGAGAAACCUGGUCGAUGCUGGCAAUGGCGCAUUCAACAUAAUGGUCCUAUGCUGGGGAUCGGGACACGCGUCGGCAAUACACGACCAUGCUGAUUCACAUUGUUUCAUGAAAAUCUUAAGCGGGAGCUUGGAGGAAGUUAGAUAUCAGUGGCCAAGCAAUGCAGAACCAGAAAUAGUAAAGAAAUCGAAAGCGAAAAUUUCGUAUUGUUCCGAUAAUGAAGAAAAGUCGAUGGAGGACAAAAUAUCAGAAAUAAAUAUUAGUUGUCAAAAUAACGCCUGUCCGAAUUUUAAAAGUUUGGAUAGCUGCGAACAAAAUGGUGACGAAGAACAUUACGGAGCUGAUAAAAUGGAAGAAAUAGGGAGGACUAAGUUAGAAGUUAAUGAUGUUUGUUAUAUAAAUGAUGCAUUAGGCUUGCAUCGCAUGGAAAACCCAUCACACGUGGAUGGAGCAGUAUCUCUACAUUUGUAUUGCCCUCCGUUUGACAGCUGCCGGAUGUUCGACGUGCGGACCGGGAAGGCCACACAGAUCAAAGUCACCUUCCAGUCCAUGUACGGAAAGAAGGUCAAUCGAGUAAUUGGAGCAAAUAGUGUCGUCGACUGUCAAUAG